CUCUCUCUCCUCCCCACCUCCUCCUCUCUUUCUCACUCUACAACUCCCCCCCCCCACACACACACACACACACACUCUCUCCCUCCCUCUCCCUCUCUCUCUCCGGUGUGUCGUUAAUAUAAAGCAGUAGGAGAAGAAGAGCCGACCGAGCGGCCAACCAUGUCUAAUUCGGAAGGAGGCAGCAACGCCGCCGUCACAAACGGCGCAAUUAUAGACCCCCAGAGGCCGCCGACGGCCCACCCGGCAAACGGGGCCCUCGCCUUGAAGAAGCCGCCGUCCAAGGACCGCCACAGUAAGGUCGACGGCCGGGGCCGCCGGAUCCGUAUGCCGAUCAUCUGCGCAGCCCGGGUCUUCCAGCUCACUCGCGAGCUCGGCCACAAGUCUGACGGCCAGACCAUUGAGUGGCUCCUCCGCCAGGCCGAGCCCUCCAUCAUCGCCGCCACCGGGACCGGCACCACCCCCGCCAGCUUCUCCACCAUCUCCUCCUCGACUCGCGGAGGCGGGGGCUCCGCUUCUGCCUCGCUCUCCAGCUCCCACCACCAUCACCUGGACCACAAGCCCCUCCUGGGACCCACUCCGUUCAUCCUGGGGAAGCGGAUUAGGCCUGACGACGACCACGAUAACGGCAACGGCAACAGCAAUAGUAGUAGCGGCAAGGAUGAGGUGUCCAUCGUAGGUCCCACACUGGGGGCCAUGGUGGGCCCGGGAGGGACCCCUGGGGGGUUCUGGGCCCUACCCGCGAGGCCCGACUUCUGGAGCUUCGCGGCGGCCGCAGCAGCCGCCGCAGCCCCUCCUCCGGAGCUGGUGUCGGUGUCCCAGCAACAGCAGACGUCUCUGUUCCUCCAGCAGCAGCAGCAGGCCAUGGGCGAGGCCUCGGCCGCCCGGGUCGGGAACUACCUUCCGGGCCACUUGAAUCUGCUUGCGUCCUUGUCGGGCGGUCACGGGAGUUCGGGCAGGAGAGAAGACGAUGCCCGCUGAUUGAAAGAGAGAUGAAAAAUUCGGGUAUCGAAAAACUCCGGCGAACUCUCACGGCAGAUUGGUAUAUAUAUAAUAUAAAUGUGUAUGUGAUGUUGUUGAAUUGUGUGUGUGUGUAGAUGGGAGAGGAUGUUAGGUGAAUUUUAGGGUUAGGAGAUUAGGUUGGAUGGAAGAAAGAAGCAGCAGUAGGGGAGACUCUGCUCCAACCAAAAUGGAAUGUUGAGAUCCUAAAAUUUAGGAGGGCUCUUGCUAAAUUUAACUAGUUUUGCUUUGAUUGAUAAAUUUUAGGGUUUUAGGUUUCGAAAAUUUGUUCUAGGAUCUUGUCGGGGAGGAGUGUUUCAAGAAUUCUUAGGUUCAGACACUGAGAUUCCAUGGUGGGAAUUUCAAGAAAAAAAAAAUCUUGGGUUGUCGGGCACAGACCCAAGAACAAAUCACGAAGUUUUAGUCUUGUGUGUUUUGCAUCAAAAUUUUCUGGGCAAGAAUCAAAAGGUGGAUUCUUGCGCCAGUGGAAAGGUUUGUGUCACUUGUUUGAAGAUUGUGCAGUAAAGCCCAAUUAAGGGCCUUCGGUGUUCCGAAAAGUCUUAUCUACAUCCUCGGUUGUUGCUGCAUAUGCUGCUGGUAUCUCGAAGUGGUCCCAAUUGCAUCGCCACAAUUCAAAGUCACUGCUCAUCAUCCGAGUAAAAAAGCUCUCAGCUGUCAGCAUCGCAGCUCUCAAGUUGCUGUUGCUGUUGCUCAGCGAGUGAAAUGAAAUCGGGGGCUCCCCGAGCACGAUGGAUCGAAUGCCCCUUCUUCCGAAACUGCAAAGAAGAAGAAGAAGAAGAAGAAGAAGACAGAAAGGAGUGUGUGAAAAAGGUCAAGAAAUGCUCUGUUUUUCCACUCUGUAAGGCCUCUGUUUUUGGGUAAAUUAUUUUUUCCUUCCUCCUUGUUGUCUGUAAUUCUUAUCCAAAUUUCUAUUAGAUUCUAUCAGCGUGCAGAAAAUAAUGGUGCCUUUUCGACAUAUGUCUGUAACUUGGAUUGUUCUUUUCCGGGGUGCUUGUUGUGUGAAUAAGAAAAAAGACCCACUCAUCAUCUUCCUCUUGGA